AUGAAUCAACAGAAGGCAGGCAAAGCAGAAGCUGCUGCAGCAGCAACAGCAGCAGCAGCAGUAGCAGCAGUAGCAGCAACUGCAGCAGCAGCAAAGUUGAAUAAGAAGAAACAAAAGAGAAAGAGGAGACAACGGCGAGGAAGGAUUCUCCUGCAGCAGCAGCAGCAGCAGCAGCAACAGCAGCAGCAGCAACAGCAGCAGCAGCAGCAGCAACAGCAGCAGCAGCAGCAGCAACAGCAGCAGCAGCAACAGCAACAGCAACAGCAGCAGCAGCAACAGCAGCAGCAGAUGUAA